GAAAACGCCGACUACGCUCUGCAAUUUACCCGCAAAGGGACAAGUGACUAUGUCAUCAAACGCGGCAUGCCAAGCCUCAAGGCAGUCACAGUUUGUUUCUGGAUGAAAUCUUCGGAUAAGGGGAAUGAAGGAACAGUGCUGAGCUACGCAGCCUCAGGAUCAAAAAAGGGCAAUGAACUGCUCCUCCACAAUUAUAGACAGUUUUAUUUGGCGAUCGGAAGUAGCCACAGGUACCACUGUCUUAUGAUAGGCUAGAUUGGCAGUCAACAAACAGGCUACGGCUAUGGAAAACUGAUUAUAGCUAAUUGUGGACCCUUAACGUAAAUUUUAGCAAGCUCCUCUGCCAGAUGAAAAUGCCAAGUGCAGAAAAUGAGUCAAGGAAACCAAUCUUGCUCUCCAUCUUUAAUAAAGAAUGUAAAAAGAGACGAAAAUAAUGAAAUUCAUUUCAAUGAUUUAAUAUUUCAUUAGACAAACAGCUGUAUCGGCAAACGAUGGCCAAUGGCACCACAUCUGCUUAACAUGGGAGAACGGCGCUGGAUCAUGGAAGAUGUAUAAAGAUGGAAAGGUGGCAGCUUCUGGAAAAGGCUUCAAGAGAGGUAUUUUUUUCCUUCUGCGACUAUAGCGGCGGACUCGUCAAGGAGAAGUGUGAAUACUAUGAAUAACACCAACUCUCUAAAGCCAGAGUAACGUAAAUGUAAAAUAACUUGAAAACUUAACAGUAUGAUGACAAAAGCGCCUCAUGACAUGGAUGGCGUGUAAAAUUUGUUUGUUUUCGCUCAAAAAAUAGAAUAGGGCCAAUGAAUUGCGGAGCAAAGAAACACGUGCGAUCAAUAGCGCUGCGCGCAGUUACUAUUCAUAGACCCGAAACUCAGACAAAAAAACUGAAAUCAACAUUAGCGAAUUCCUCACUUUUGUAUGACUUUUUCAUUAAAAUGUCAUGUUUGUCUGUCUUUUGUCAUUAAAAUGAGGAAAAUGACAAAACUUGCAAAUCAGUCACUCUGACGUCAUUCGGGCGCUAGUGUGACCACCUACCCAUCCCCUAAGUCUCAACUAACACUUACUUCUCACUUAGGCCAAAAUUAUGACUUAGGAGAGGGGUAGGUGGUCAGUUAAACAGAAACAAACGCGUUAACGAAGUUGCUUUCUAAUUCUUCAAUUUCCAGGUUAUGUGAUUCGCAGUGGUGGGGUGCUUAUACUUGGUCAAGAACAAGAUUCACUGGGAGGAUCCUUUGACGCCAAUCAGUGCUUCAUUGGUGAAUUGACAGGUGUCAACAUCUGGAAUCACGUGAUUAACGAACAAGAGAUCAACCACACGACCAAGUCCUGUCUGAGUGGGGUGGGGAACGUAUUCCAGUGGAGUGACUUCAAGUCUCACGUGAAAGGCUCAGUGCGUUUGAUUAAACCGUCAUGUUAG